AUGAAUGAUAGAAAACAUGAAGAAUUGAUUCUUUUCAAGAAAAUCAUCUUUUUGGAAUCGUGUAAGUAUGGAUAUUUAAUCAGUUUAGCCCUAAAUUGUUUUUUUUUGGCUGUUGGAGCAGCAAUCACGGCGUACCAAGCAGAGCUAGGAGAAGACUCCUCUCCCCUGAGGAAAUCUGGGAGAGGAAAGAUCGAAAUCAAACGGAUCGAGAACACAACGAAUCGUCAAGUCACUUUCUGCAAACGUAGAAAUGGUUUGCUCAAGAAAGCUUAUGAGCUCUCUGUUCUCUGUGAUGCUGAAGUCGCACUCAUCGUCUUCUCUAGCCGUGGUCGUCUCUACGAGUACUCUAACAACAGUGUAAAAGGGACAAUUGAGAGGUACAAAAAGGCAAUAUCGGAUAAUUCUAACACCGGCUCUGUGGCUGAGAUUAAUGCGCAGUAUUAUCAACAAGAAUCGGCCAAAUUGCGUCAACAAAUCAUCAGCAUACAAAACUCCAACAGGCAAUUGAUGGGUGAGACGAUAGGGUCAAUGUCUCCUAAAGAGCUCAGGAAUUUGGAAGGCAGAUUAGAGAGAAGUAUUACUCGUAUCCGAUCCAAGAAGAAUGAGCUCUUAUUCUCUGAAAUCGACUACAUGCAGAAGAGAUUUGCGCAGGAAGUUGAUUUGCAUAACGAUAACCAGAUUCUACGUGCAAAGAUAGCUGAGAAUGAGAGGAACAAUCCAAGCAUAAGUCUGAUGCCAGGAGGAUCAAACUACGAGCAGCUUAUGCCACCGCCUCAAACGCAACCUCAACCGUUUGAUUCACGAAACUAUUUCCAAGUCGCCGCAUUGCAACCUAACAAUCACCAUUACUCAUCUGCCGGCGGUCGCCAAGACCAAACUGCUCUUCAGUUAGUGUAAUAUUUGGCUGAAGGAAAUGGGAAGUGAAUAAAAAAAAACCAGAACUUGGUUGAGCAAUAUAUAGCUAAUAUGCAUGUUAUUUCAUGAAUGUUGUAUCGAUGAUUUCUACACUUUAUUUAAAUUGCUUAUGUUGAUCGAUGUGAAAUUAUAUAUCUUAAAGACUUGUCAUUGUUUGUGCUUACUUUGUUUUCAAAGACAUCUAUAUAUGUGUAUAAGUGUAUUAUAAAUUAGUUCAA